AUGGUCGUCUGGAGAGGUGUGGAGACCUGGCAGCGCGCGGAGCCUGGAACACGAUCCCGUGAUGCUUAUCCCCCACGUCUUCGAAACCACAAAGGGGGAGAGGAUGAGUACGUUCAAGCCUGUCUACGCGAAUGCAAGGCGGAAAUCAAGUUACAGGACAUCGACAAGAAGGCAACGGCACUUCUGAAGCUUAUCUACCUGGAGAUGUUUGGCUAUGAUAUGUCAUGGGCAUCAUUCCAUGUUCUGGAGGUCAUGUCCUCCACGAAGUACCUACAGAAACGAGUGGGAUAUCUUGGGGCCGUUCAAAGUUUCCGGCCAGAUACCGAAGUUCUAAUGCUGGCGACCAACAUGUUGAAGAAGGACAUUGUAUCCCCUAAUAUCCUCACCCUGUCACUCCCGCUGGCUACUCUACCACAUAUCAUGACACCAGCUCUUGCUAUGUCCUUACUUCCUGACAUUUUGUCUCGCCUCUCCCAUUCGAGCGCCGUUGUCCGGAAGAAGUCCAUUGUGUGUCUCUACCGGCUGGCUCUAGUUUAUCCGGAUGCCCUGAGGCUAGCGUGGCCGAAGAUUCAGGACCAUCUCAUGGAUGGACAGGAAGAUAGCAGCGUGACUACUGCAGCUAUUAACGUCGUCUGUGAGCUUGGUUGGAGACGGCCGCACGAUUUUCUUCCUUUGGCUCCCAGGUUCUUUGAGCUCCUCGUGGACAGUGGCAAUAACUGGAUGGCCAUAAAAAUCAUCAAGCUGUUUGCCACUCUAACCCCUCUAGAACCGCGACUCACACGCAAGCUUCUUCGGCCAUUGACAAAUAUCAUUCAGACCACAACGGCAAUGUCCUUGCUCUACGAGUGCAUCAAUGGUAUCAUUCAAGGGGGCAUUCUAGAUGGCGAGGACAAUAUCCAUGAAAGGGACGAAGUUGCGGCUCUGUGCAUCGGAAAGCUGAGGGGAAUGAUUGUCAUGGAUUCGGAUCCUAAUCUGAAAUACGUGGCUCUUCUGGCAUUGAAUCGCAUUGUGACAACUCAUUCUACAUUGGUUUCCAUGCAACAGGAUGUCAUCAUGGACUGUCUGGACGAUCUAGACGUUUCCAUUCGACUCCAAGCCUUAGAACUUGCUGCUGGUAUGGUCACCAGUGAAAAUCUUCAGGAAGUCGUGAAUCGUCUUUUUAGCCAGCUUCAAUUGGCCUCUUCACAAGAUAAUCCCGGUCCUGGGGAAGCGUCUGUUCCGUAUGAGGAUGAACACGAAAAUUGGAAAGGCUCACAUGGCGUCAUGGAGGCCCUCAACAUGCCAAAUAACUAUCGGUCCGAGGUUAUUCAUCGCAUUUUAGAUAUCUGUUCCCAGAACAACUAUUCCGACGUCGUCGACUUCGAAUGGUAUGUUGGCAUUUUGGUUCAGCUGAUUAGGCUUCUUCCGCCAUCAGAAGUGCACGACUACGGACCCGACCACCCCUCAAUGGGAGGUCAAGAGGGCUGGAGGGCUUCUGUCGCGGGGGUUCGCCUGGAAGCUACCCGGGCGGCGGAGUCUCUGCUGCUUAUCGAUAACAGAUCGAUGCUAUUCCCCGCCUCUUCAAAUGUUGGGGACGACGUUUUAGGACCUGUUGCAUGGGUAGUUGGAGAAUAUGCGGGUCAUCUCCAGUCACCGAGCCGAACUCUUCAAUCUUUGAUUGAUUCGUCUACCCUCUCCUUGCCUCCCAGUACACUCCAGCUGUUCUUACAGGCCACCCCCAAGGUCUUGAUACAAGUGAAUCAGUCCUGUGGGACAAAGGAGGCAUGGAGAAGUGAGAUUUCUCUUCUCUUAGCGCGGGUUGUGGAUUUCCUCGAUGCACUAGCCGCUCACCCGGACUUGGACGUGCAGGAACGAGCCAUUGAGUUUCUUGAAGUCCUUCGUUUAGGGGCCGAGUCGCUACAAUCUGAAACGGAAGGAGUUCCAUUCCUUCUAGCUUCUGUUAUCCCCGACUUAUUCGCCGGUUUGGAACUCAACCCUGUUGCAGCCAGCGCCCAAAAACGGGUAGUGUUUCCCCCUGAUCUUCACCUGGAUGAAGCAUUCAACGAUGAUCUGCCAGGCCUGUUUCAGGAAUUGGGGGGCUCGCUAGCGGAAACCACCCAGCAUCAUCUCAUUCAACAAUUUUACCACGUCGCCGAUAUCAGUCCACCCUCCCAUAAGCCGCCUCAUGAACAAAUGACAGCGGCAGAAAUCCAACUUGAUGCGUCCUACCAGAGCAGCCUCGGCAUCGCGUUGGAUCACCCAGACACUAUAGAAAGGAGAAAGGGAUACCGGAAAGAGCGCUAUCGGGACGAUCCCUUUUACAUUGCUCCGUUGGACCCAUCAUGGGGUACGUCCACCCCGCACCAUGAUGCCCCACAUGUUUCCAGUGGCGACGCAUUGGACAUCGAUUCAAUCCCCAUCGUUGAUUUGAAGCUGGAUGACGAGUCGAUCAGGCGAGGUAAACGUGAUACCUUUGGAAACCGCCGGGUGCAUACUACCGCCAAAAUGGAAGUUGCAGCGGACGAAACUUUUGGGUCUGAAGGGCCUGUGCCCCUUGGUCACUCCGCUAAGGCCGUUGUGGGCCCAGCUGUAAAACGCUCGCUACUACAGGUUGACUCCAGUGGGCUCGGGCAUUCUGCAUCGGGGGCGAAUGAUGGUCCAAGCCCUAGCUUGACCGGGGGUGAGGAGGAGACCGAAAUGAGGAAAGCGAUGCAAAAUGUGGAGCAGAUGCGCCUGCGCAUGCAACGGGCAUCCGAGCGAAUCGAGUUAGAGGGAACACCUGCCGAGGGCACUCUUGUGAAGAAGAAGAAAAAGAAGGGGAAGAAGGGCGCUGAUCCGUCCGGAGAAACGAAAAGGAAGAAGAGGAAAGAAGCAUAUGAAUGA